UUUAUUCCUUCCCUUCUUUCAUUGGUAGAAGCCUCUCAAGUGUGCUUGUUUUUUCUUUAACAAAACAAGCUUUGUUUCUUAUUAUGCAGGAAAAAAUGGCUUCUUUUGUGUGGACUCUGUUACUGGGUUUCCUAUUUAUGGUCUCCGGAGCCAUGGGAGCUCCUCCACGGAAGCCUGUAGAUGUCCCAUUUGGCAGAAACUAUAUGCCCACUUGGGCUUUUGAUCACAUUAAGUACUUCAAUGGAGGCUCUGAGAUUCAGCUCCACCUAGACAAGUACACCGGUACUGGUUUCCAAUCCAAAGGUUCUUACUUGUUUGGUCACUUCAGUAUGCAAAUAAAGUUGGUUCCAGGAGAUUCUGCUGGAACCGUUACUGCCUUCUAUCUAUCAUCUCAAAACUCGGAGCAUGAUGAAAUAGAUUUUGAGUUCUUGGGGAACAGGACAGGACAGCCCUACAUUUUACAGACAAAUGUGUUCACAGGAGGGAAGGGAGACAGAGAACAUAGGAUUUAUCUUUGGUUUGACCCAACCAAGGCCUACCACUCUUACUCAGUUCUCUGGAAUCUGUAUCAGAUUGUAUUCUUUGUGGAUGACAUCCCGAUAAGAGUGUUCAAAAACUGCAAAGAUUUGGGAGUGAAAUUCCCAUUCAACCAACCCAUGAAGAUCUACUCAAGCCUUUGGAACGCAGAUGAUUGGGCCACAAGAGGUGGGCUCGAGAAGACUGACUGGUCUAAGGCCCCAUUUAUCGCUACCUACAAGAGCUUCCAUAUCGAUGGUUGUGAGGCCUCUGUGGAAGCCAAGUUUUGUGCUACCCAAGGCAAGAGAUGGUGGGACCAGAAAGAGUUCCAAGACCUCGACUCUUAUCAGUAUAGGCGUCUCCAAUGGGUCCGAACCAAAUACACCAUCUACAACUAUUGCACUGAUAGAGUCAGAUACCCUACAGUCUCACCUGAGUGCAAGAGAGACAGAGACAUAUGAUUUAUUAUGCUGAUCAAUGAUCAAUGAUCAUUAUUAAUAUAUUAUGAUACCUCUUAUCAUAAUAAUUUUAUUUAUUUACCACAUAAAUUUAUGAACACCCCCCAACUACUACUAUUUCAGGAAGACUUUCGGGCGUGAUUUAUGGGGAUUUCUUUUUUCAUUCCUUAGUUUGAUCAUGUUCCACUGUUAUAAUCAUCUGGGUUUUAUGUAUUAAUUAUGUUUCUUUCUUAUAAUUUAUAAAAUUAUUGUUAUUUAAUGGAAA